AUGCCGGUGAAAAUGCUUCGCCUAGAUGUUGAAGAUGCCAAAGUGAACACAAAGGAAGAAACUGAUUCAGACAGUGGGCAAAGCAGCUGUGAAACAGGAUCUCCAGGACAUUCCAACACAAAAAGCAUAUCCCUGGUUGAAAGAGACUCAGAUGAAGAGAUCUUUGUGAGCAAGAAAUUCAAACGUAACAAGUUCCUCCUGCAGGACAGUGACAGUGAAGAAGAGGACAGAGAUGCCCUUUCUAAGAAGACUGACUAUGACAGUGAAGAGAGAGAAAGUGGGGAGAAUAAAGAAAACCUAUAUGUAGGAAAAAAAGGAAAAGCCCAAAAGGUUUACAAAGCUCUGAGGGAUAGUGAUGAAAGUGAUGUUGGGGAGCCACUGUACCAGAAGAACCUAGAUAGUCGGGUAAUGGCUCCUUUGACUGACAGUACCUUGGAAUUGGGUUCCCAAUCCCCAAAAUCUAUGACUUUGCCAGCAGGUGCCAGGAAAAGUUUCAAAGAAUGUACUCGGAAUAAAGAGCAUGCUGGAGGAAAAGUAAAAGGGAAAUCACAGAGAAGACUUGAGAAAGAAGCCAAAAAGAUGGAAGUGAUUAGUCGGCUGAAAAAAAAAGAAAAGAAAAAUGAGGAAAGUGAAACCAAACAGCCGCUCAAUGAUAGUGGCUGUCUUCUUGGGGACAGUGAACUUUUUGAGACUGGAUUGGAAGAAGAAAGUGAUUCCCCACCAGAAGAUGAAGAAUCAUUAGAAUCAAUACGAGCUUCUGUGAAAGGCAAAGUCAAAAAGCAUAAGAAAAAGGAGCUGUCUUUGGAAAGUGGGGGCUGUUCAUUUGAAGAUGAAAAGGAGCUGUCAAAAGGAAUGAUAAGAAAGGAGAGGAAGGCAGCCAAGCUAAGUAAAGAAGCUAUGAAAAGACUACAUAGUGAGACCCAACGCCUUAUUCGAGAAUCUGCACUCUCUCUUCCGUAUCAUGUACCUGAAAGCAAGACCAUUCAUGACUUCUUCAAACGCAAGCCAAGACCUUCUGGCCAGGGAAAUGCCAUGGCCCUGUUGAAGUCAUCUAAGUAUCAAGCAAACUUCAGCAAAGAAAUCAGCACUGCUAACCCAAGUGAUAUUUGCAGUGCCAGUCAUGCCAGAGACUCUAACCAGGUUGUGGGCCUUGAACCAGAAAGUGAGAAUGGUCAGCCCCCUUUAGCUCCUGAAGCUGCCCAGACCCCUCCUGACUCUGCUGGCCAGCCUGCUUGUGAAAAUGUGGCAGAAGAUGAUCCAGGAUGUCAUGAGAAUGAAGGACAGAAGGAAGACUUGGAGGCCACUACAAACCCUUCAUUCAGAGACAUGUCAGAGCAUCAGCAAGAUUCCAGUGUCUUCAGUAAUAUGGGGGUGGAACAGACAGAGGCUAGGACCCCUGUAGCACUUGAAUUGAAUGCUUUGGAGGAAGAGAAAGAGCCACAGGAUCUUAAGAAAACAAAGGGAAAGAUAGAGGAGGUCAGGCAGCAGCCAACAGGGGCAGCCAAACUUCCAGCAGAAAAAGGAAGGAAAGUCACACUGGAUAAACUGCAGCGACUGGGAGUAGAUCUCUCCAUUAAGCCAAGGCUGGGGGCAGAUAAAGAUUCUUUUGUGACUCUCGAUGAGCCUGAAACCAAUAGAGAAUUGGAAGCUUUGAAGGAGCGUUUCUGGAAGCACACUCGUCCCACAGCCAAAGCCCAAACCAUGUCUGAACGAAAGAUGAACCUGAGCAUUAUAGUGAAGGAGACAGGUGCCGAUGGCAAGGAAGAGCUGAAGAUCGACACAGUCCCCCUGACUUUGGCAACAGAGAAAUUAGAUGGCGGGAACUAUGCAAAGCCAGGUGAGAAGCUACAGGUGCUGAAAGCAAAACUCCAGGAAGCAAUGAAACUCCGAAGACUUGAGGAGCGCCAGAAGCGACAGGCGCUGUUCAAGUUGGAUAAUGAGGAUGGGUUUGAGGAAGAGGAAGAGGAGGAGGAGGAGAUGACAGAUGAAUCAGAGAAGGAGGAGGAAGAGGAAGAAGUGGAAGAGGAGGAAGAGGAGGAGGAGGAGGAAGGCAAUCAGGAGACAAGAGAAUUUCUUCUUGAUGAUGAAGAGUUAGAAGACAGUGGUAUGAAAGAAGAUAAAGAGAUGGAUAUGGAUAAAGAGAACAUUGUUGGACAUAGGGAAAUUUUCAAGGCUGUUGACUGUACCUCUCUUCCUAAACCUCUGGCAUUGGAAUCUUCCCUGCUCCUAUUCAAAGACAGUUCCUCCAAAAUGGGAUACUUCCCUGCUGAAGAAAAAUCUGAGACUGAUGAAAGCAUAGGCAAAAGACCUAGUAAAAUAGAAGAAGAUGAUUCAUGUUCAUUGCUGACAAAGGAGAGCAGCCACAAUAGCAGCUUUGAGAUGAUUGGCUCCAUGAUUGCUCCCUAUCAGCCUUGCAACAAACAAUCAGGCCGUGGGACUGGCUUCUUCCCUGGGGUAGGGGGAUUUCGAUCCCCCUCCCCUGGGUUAUUUCGAGCAAGUUUGAUCAGCUCUACAUCCAAAAGUUCAGGGAAGCUGUCUGAGCCCUCCCUUCCCAUAGAGGAUUCCCAGGAGCUGUAUAACGCCUCCCCGGAGCCGAAAACUCUCUUCCUGGGAGCAGGAGACUUCCAGUUUUGUUUAGAAGAUGACACUCAGAGCCAACUGUUAGAUGCAGAUGGGUUCUUAAAUGUUGGGAAUCACCGAAAUAAAUACCAGGCUUUGAAACCACGGGUGCCAUUGGCCAGCAUGGAUGAGAAUGCUAUGGAUGCCAACAUGGAUGAGCUGUUGGAUUUAUGUACAGGAAAGUUUAAGUCUCAGACUGAAAAACCUUUGCCUGAGAAGGAUGAGAGAAAGGAAAACAUGGAGGAACUUCUGGGUCUUUGUUCAGGGAAAUUCACUUCUCAGGGUUCUUCAACUCCUGCUCCUUCAGAGUCCUCCAAGCAGGAGAAGGAGAUGAACAUUGAUGAUCCGAUGGCUGAAGCUCUUGCUCUUUGUUCAGGCUCCUUCCCAACGGACAGGGAACAAGAAGGUGAAGAAGAAGAAGAGGAGGAAUUUGGUGAUUUUCAACUUGUCACUGAUAGCAAUGUGUUUGAUAGUGAGGAAGAGGAACACCCUGAAUCUGAUGAUGCAGCUUCUGAAGCCCAGCAAGAUGAUGAUGAAGCCUCUGAAUCUGAAGCCCAUGAGGAAGAAGAUGAUGAGGAAGAACUCUUGAAGCAGUCUGAAAGACAAAAACGGCAAAUGAGGCUGAAGAAGUACCUGGAGGAUGAGGCAGAGGUGUCAGGGAGCGAAGUGGGGAGUGAGGAUGAAUACGAUGGGGAAGAGAUCGAUGAAUAUGAAGAAGAUGUCAUUGAUGAAGAGCUUCCUUCAGAUGAAGAGCUGCAGGAUCAGGUCAACAAAAUACACAUGAAAGCUAUGUUGGAUGAUGACAAGCGACAGCUGCGCUUAUACCAAGAGAGGUACCUUGCUGAUGGAGACCUGCAUAGCGAUGGCCCUGGACGAAUGAGGAAAUUCCGUUGGAAAAACAUAGAUGAUGCUUCCCAGAUGGACAUGUUUCACAGAGACUCUGAUGAGGAUCAGAGUGAAGAACAGUUUGAUGAGACAGAAGCCAAAUGGAGGAAAGAGCGGAUUGAGCGAGAACAGUGGCUUCGGGACCAGGCUCAGCAGGGGAAAAUUAUAGCUGAAGAGGAAGAUGAAAUUGGAGAAGAUAGUCAGUUUAUGAUGCUGGCUAAGAAAGCUACUGCCAAAGCACUUCAGAAGAAAGCCAACCAUGUCGUUGUUGCUCAGGAAGCAAAAACCUUGCCCCGGAGCCCAUUUGAAGCCAUCAGACCUGGAAGUGCCCACCAGCUAAGGACAGGUUCACUGCUGAAUCAACCCAAAACCCUGCUUCAGAAGUUGUCGGCCCUCUCUGACCUCAACCCUAGUGCUCCUCGAAACUCCAGGAAUUUUGUUUUCCACACAUUGUCCCCAGUCAAGAAUGAGGAGGCAAAGGAGCCUUCUAAGCCUCAGGUGAAGAGAAAGGGCCUACCUUUGGCUUCCCCAUCUCCCAAGCACCUCAAAGCAGACAGCACUUUAGGACAAAACCGGAGCAUCUUUAAGUACUUGGAGAGCUAA